AUGGAUAUCCACAGAUGUCGCUUUGUCCAAUAUCCUCCACAACCUAUUAAUGCCCUUGCAUUCUCACACCUUUCCGACCCAAAAAAGAGAACGCCUCCUGACCUCCGUCUCGCCCUCGGUCGUAACAAUGGUGACAUUGAGAUAUGGAACCCAUCAAAUGGGCUCUGGCUACAAGAGGUCAUUCUCAAGGGAAGCAAGAACACAACGAUAGAGCAGCUUGCAUGGACGCAGGACUUGGUUGUGGACGGAGAUGAAAGGUCCGAUGGACAGAAGUACUCGAGCGGACCACUACGGCUGUUCAGCACGGGCGGGUCGACUGCAAUCACUGAGUGGGACCUAUGUACGGGGAUGCCCAGGAGGAAAGCAGAGGGAAAUUUCGGGGAUAUCUGGUGUUUUGCACCACAACCACAGAUCAAAGCCAACAAAGCGCCGGACACGCUCCUCCCUGGUGCAGGUUCACAGUUGCUUGCGGCAGGAUGCUCGGAUGGCACGAUAGUUCUCUUCUCAACUGAAGAUGACGAUCUGCGAUAUGCUCGAGUCCUAGCGCAACCCCCUGUCAAGAAGCCCAAGGUUCUCAGUCUGGCUUGGCGAGACCGCGACACUCUUGUCGCUGGCUACGAAGACAGCACGAUCAGGGUCAUCGACGUACCAAGCAGAAGAAUCAUCCGGAAUAUGAGUUUAGGGAAACCGGCCGAAGGAAGCAACAAUUCCGUGGUAUGGAGUGUCAAGUGUCUGCCUGAUGGGACGGUUGUCUCGGGCGAUUCCUCAGGCGAACUGAAGAUCUGGGAUUCGAAAAACUACUCGCUCGCUCAGCGGCUGAGCAGCCACAAAGCCGACAUCCUCGACAUUGCUUUCAGCGCCUCUGGAGACACCAUCUUUUCCGUCGGCGUCGAUCGGAGAACGGUGGUCUACAAGCAAGUUCCCAUUCACUCAGGCACGCAAAGAACGAGAUGGGCCGAAGUCGCUCACAAGCGCUACCACCAGCACGACGUCAAAUGCGCCGCCAGCUUCGAGAGCAAGGAUUUGAGCGUUUUGGUUUCAGGGGGGAUGGAUACGCGGCCUGUCGUUGUCCCCAUCCGCCGAUCACAGACCGAGUAUCAUCGCACACUUCCGCAUCUUCCGCAAAGGUCUCAGGUCUCAGCAUCAGCUGCUUCAAGGUUGUGCAUAUCCUGGUGGGAUCGGGAAAUUGUCGUUUAUUACGUUGCAAAGUAUCGAGGUUUACCACCCGACGACAGGUCUGAAGGCGCCGCGGGUCCGCAUUAUCAGAAUCUGGCCAGACUGAGCUUGCAAGGCGAUGAGAGUAUUCAGCACGCUCAGGUCUCAGAAGACGGCCAGUUCAUUGUUGCCGCUACCCUCACCAGCGUCAAGCUGUUCCAGCUGCGAAAGCCCCAUGCGUCGGGAAACCCCGGCCUUCGUAGCCGACAAAUCGACCUCCCGCCCUCGAUCGUUCGUCUAGGCGCGAGACAAGUUGGGUUUUCCCCUGACGGAAAAUGGCUGUUUGCCAUCCGGAAAGACAACGCCGUGGCACUCGUCAAGAUCACUGCAUCUCCAGAUCCCAAGGACCACCCGACCAUCCACGAGAAAGUCGUCAAACUCUACCGAAAAUCCCGACCCUUGUCUCCUUCGGCGCUAGGCACGUACGGCCGGACAAUCACUCAAACUGCCUUCUCAAGCGACAGUCGGGCGUUCGCGGUAGGAGACUUGUCUGGCGCGAUCGAAGUCUGGGUCCUCGAAGGACACGAGGAUCUCAAUUUCAUCGACUCGCCAGGAUCGGAUCGGUCUGCCGACUCGGCGUCUUCGGCGUCGUCAUCCUCCACAACUUCGACGGACCAAGACGACGACGAUUCCUCUUCCCCAGUCAUCCACGCGCAGAAAUGGAUCCGCAAUCCCUCGGGCUCGUCCCUCCCACAGCUCGACUCCGCCAUCUUGGCACUAAUAUUCCGGCCCUGCCCCGUCGUCCCGACGCAUUCUAGGCACGAUAACCUCGGUCUCCAUGCCACACGGCACAAUCCCCACCCCGUGGCGCAGGAGCUGCCCUCUCCUGCCGCGAUGAAACUCCUCGCCGUAACGGCCAGACAUCAAAUUACGGAAUUCGACGUCUUGUCCUCGACUCUUUCUGAUUGGUCGCGGCGCAACUCCUCCCAAUUCUUACCUGAUGCAUUCACGAGGAUCAAGGACCGAGUAGUCGGUUGUUUUUGGGAUUGUGGGGACGUGCCCAAGAAGGGCGCCAGGCUGUGGCUAUACGGAAGCACUUGGAUCGUCAUGCUAGAUGUGUCAAGGGACUUCCCGCAACACCAGCACGGAGGCCACGAAAAGAGAAUCACGAAGGGCAACGACGUGUCAAAUCGCGUUGUCCCUGAUGGUGGUGCCGAGAGGAUUGGCCGUCUGGGGCGUUACGAUGUACUCGAGCCGGUGACCAACGCCGCCGCAAAGCAGUCUGGGGAUGCACACACGUCGCGCACCACGUCGCAGCACCAGGACCACGACCGGAGCAGGAAGAGGAAACGAAACACCGGGGCCGGUGACGAGAUCCGGCCGCAAGAGCGCGAGACUGGCCUUGGCAGAUUCGUGCGCAGAUUCAAGAACGCGGGAGGCGAGGACUGGGAGAUGAUUGACCUUGAUGCACCAAACAGUCACCACGCAGAAAGGGGCGAAGACGAAGACGAAGAUGAAGCCGACAACAUGGAGCUAGAUGGCCCUGAAGGAGCCGACACCCUUGCACUCAUGCGACGCGGUGACCGUGAGCACGAGCACGAGCACGAGCACGGUACCGCCUUAUCAGAUCCCGCGGAGCAGACGACCGCGACCGCGACCGCGACCGCGACCACCACAGCACUCGAGACGACACCGGGGCCUCGACGCCCCUGGUCCCACUGGACCACGUUCGAGUAUCAUUCCAUCCUCGGCAUCGCGGUAAUAGGCCCUGCACCACCACUCGUCGCCACGACAGCUUCUCUCACCCCUCUCUCUACUUCCAAGGCACUCUCAGCAGUUGCAGCCGACUCAGCCGCGCUCACGAACGGGAUCCGCGAAGGCGAGGGGGACCUAUCCACACGCACGGGCACGACCACAACCACGACCACGAAUACAGACACAACCGCAAGCUCAAACAUCGAAGUCAUCAUCGUUGAGCGACCGAUCUACGAUAUCGACCGAGUCCCCCGCUUCGACGGCGGCCAAGAGUGGGAUGUCUAA